CGUUUCCACCGCCCAAUGGGCAGGGCGCUAGGACCUGCCCCCUCAGCCUCCUGGGCUAGAAAAGAGCGUUGAUGCCGGCCGCCGGGAUGAGUCCUAGGCGGCGCUGCCUGCCCGGGGGCUCUGAGGAGCGGGUGCUGCUGGUGGCCUCUUUGCAGAUGUAUUUCUGUCAUUGAACAUUGGCCACUUGAAGGCAUAAGGGAAGCUCAGCCAUCAGUAUGUCCAAAUACAAACUGAUCAUGUUAAGACAUGGGGAAGGUGCUUGGAACAAAGAAAAUCGUUUUUGUAGCUGGGUGGAUCAGAAACUUAACGAAGACGGGCUGGAGGAAGCUCGAAACUGUGGGAAGCAACUCAAAGCGCUAAACUUUGAGUUUGAUCUGGUAUUCACAUCCGUUCUUAAUCGGUCCAUCCACACAGCCUGGCUGAUCCUGGAAGAGCUAGGGCAGGAGUGGGUUCCCGUAGAGAGCUCCUGGCGUCUGAAUGAGCGUCACUACGGAGCCCUGAUCGGUCUCAAUAGGGAGAAAAUGGCUUUGAAUCAUGGCGAAGAGCAAGUGAGGAUCUGGAGAAGAAGCUACAAUGUGACCCCGCCACCCAUUGAGGAGUCCCAUCCUUACUACCAAGAAAUCUACAGUGACCGGAGGUACAAAGUGUGCGAUGUACCCGUGGACCAACUGCCACGGUGUGAAAGUUUAAAGGAUGUUCUGGAGAGACUCCUUCCCUUUUGGAAUGAAAGGAUUGCUCCUGAAGUGUUACGUGGCAAAACCAUUCUGAUAUCUGCUCAUGGAAAUAGCAGUAGGGCACUCCUGAAACAUCUGGAAGGUAUCUCAGAUGAAGACAUUAUCAACAUUACUCUUCCCACUGGCGUCCCCAUUCUCCUGGAACUGGAUGAGAACCUGCAUGCUGUUGGGCCUCACCAGUUCCUCGGAGACCAAGAGGCUAUCCAAGCAGCCAUUAAGAAAGUAGAUGAUCAAGGAAAAGUGAAAAAAGCUGCAAAAUAAAGUGUUCCCAAGUGUUGGCUAGGAAUGGCUACAAAAAGGAGUGGCAUACAGUGUGUUAUAGGUGCUGAUCUCUCCCUCUCCUCUCUCUCUUCCUGAUUUUUUCCAGAGCUAGGCUGUGGGGUGAAGUUUGUAUCGGUAACUAGGUUACUUAUGUUGGCCCAGAUAAAGACUUUAGGGUGCCUGAGUGCUUAUGUCAUAAGUCUCUUAUGGGUUAGCUCUCCUGCCAGCCCUGUUUGAAUUAAACUACUCAGCAGUGGGGCUUAAUGUCCUAAGUUUCUUAGAUGGUAGAGUGAUAAUGGAGGUAGAGUUUAAGGUAUUUCAUCAUUCAACAAAUCAUUGUGAACCCACCACUGACAGGUACUAAUUACUGUAAUAAGUAGUUCACUUUUAUAUUUACUAAGACUUUCUGGGAUGAUAGGAGAGGGUAUUAGAUAAUAUACUAAACGUAUUUAUUAUUAGUCUUUUCCUCUAGGAAAAGGGAUGUUUCGAUAGGUAAGAUGAGAGGCCCAUUAAGUGGGAAAGCCACAGGUGGGUUCCUCCACGACAGCCAGCGAUAAACAGCAAGCCCCUUUGCCCUGUCUAGCCCAGAGACUCCUUUGUUUGAGAUUUGGUGGCAUUCCUCUUCGGCAGUUAAGAGUUAGCAGCACAUAGACAACUAUAGCUGUUUGUGUUCUCUUAUUUUUGUUUCUUGAACUUUAAUCCUUGGGUACUUAAAAAAUUCAUUUAAAAAAUAAAGUUCUGUGACCAAAACUCUUCUGCUCAUAUCUUCCUGUAUCACUCAAAGAGUUGCACCUUUUUCAACACAUAGACACUCUAAUUCUCUAUAAAUUGAAGGUUGGUGUCAGGAAGUGUAACACAAUUGAUGUAAUUUUAUUCAUGUGAGCAAGGGAAAUUAUAUAUUGGAGUUUGUCACAUACAUUUAUUGUUCAUUUGCUGAGGGCUAAGAGUAGCCAGGGUAGGCCAUGGACAGAAUUGAUUGCUUAUCCAUCUUAAUGAUACCAUUUUCCAUAGUAUAUUUUUAAAUACUUUGGGUAUGUAUGUCAUUUCUUUAAGGAACAUAUAUUUCAAUGAUAAAUUCAUGUAAAAAGUUGUAGCUGUAAUAGUUGUUACAGAUAUUUACCAUUUUUUAUGGCUUUCCAUUGGUGAAUUAACUCGUUGUAUCCAUGUUACAAUAAAACUGGCAUUAGAAGAAAACUAAUUCUAAAA